AUGCAAAACACAGUAAUAGAAAUUGAAUCUCCUGAUUACGAGGGAAAGCCUGGUACGGUAGCGCCAGUAGUUACGGGGUUGCAGGAGUCAUGUAGGCUACCGAAACGGAAAAGAACUAGGAUGACGAUCUGUACUUAUAACGCACGUACGCUUGCAUCGGAAGCGGCCAUCGAAGAUCUGAUGAUGCAAACCAAGAAGAUCAAGUACGACGUCAUCGGACUGACCGAGACGAGACGACGUCACCCUCUCAACGCUGUAUAUGAAACUGGAGAAGAAUUGUUCUCAGGAACAUGCGACAGUAGAGGUGUUGGUGGAGUUGGCGUCCUCGUCAACACGAGUAUGGCAAAGAACAUCGACUCUUUCGAACAACUUACGACCCGAAUCGGACGUCUGCGGAUGAGAAGAUGUGGCCCAACACCAGCUUUGAAAAUCUUCGUCGUUCACGCUCCAACUUCAAGCUACGAAGAAGAAGAAGUCGAAGCUUUCUAUAUGGACCUAGAGAAGUUCUACCGAGAAGACCAAGCCUUCUAUAAGGUCAUAAUUGGCGAUUUUAAAGCCAAAAUUGGCCCAAGAAGAACGCCUGAGGAGCUUCACAUCAGGACCUACGGUCUACAAUGGAAUGAAAAGGGGAAGAGGCUCUCCGAGUUCGUCAUGACGACUAAGACCAUCCAUGGGAAUUCGCAAUUACUGAAGCCCUCCUCUCUACGUUGGACGUGCUAG